UACAAUAUGAUUCUCUUACUCUAGUUUCUUAAUUCAUUGGAUGCUAAAGAAAUAUAUAUGGAAAUAAUACAUAAUCUUCCAGAUUUUGAACUACUUUCAGCAGACACACUACAGGAUCGUUUGGCGCAUCAUCGCUGGCUCUUAUUUUUUGAUUUUGGAAAAAAUGACAAUUCAAAUGAUCCUGAGUUGAAAAAACUGAAAGCGCUACUGAAAAAUGAUCAUAUUCAAGUUGGAAGGUUUGACUGCUCCUCUGCACCAAACAUCUGUAGUGACCUCUAUGUUUUUCAGCCAUGUUUAGCAGUAUUUAAAGGACAAGGAACCAAGGAAUAUGAAAUUCAUCAUG